AUGAUUGGGUUGUGGGGGAUGGGAGGGGUGGGCAAGACCACCCUAGCUUGUGAAGUUGGAAGUCUAGCUGAAAAGCUGAAUUUGGUUGAUAAAAAACUGAAUUCGUUUGAUAAAGUUGUGAUUACGACUGUGUCUCAAAAGCCUAAUUUUGAGAGAAUUCAAGAUCAAAUUGCACAAUACUUAGGCUUUGAUAUGAAGAAUUAUCAAGGAAAAAGAUCCGAGCAAGAAUUAUGGUUAAGGCUGAAGAAAGAACAGAGUAUUCUCAUCAUCCUUGAUGAUAUUUGGGAACCUAUCAACUUAAAGAAGAAGAUAGGAAUUCCAAUUGGUGAUGAUCAUAAAGGAUGCAAAGUUCUUUUAACAAUACGCCGUAAACAAGUAUGUGAAAUUAUGGAGUGUCGACCGGUGAUACAACUUAGCUGUUUGGAUGAUGAUGAAGCUUGGAUUCUAUUUGAAAAGAAAGCAGGUCUAGAUGACUUCUCUGAUGAUUCUAUUAAAACCCCAGCAAAGAAAAUUGUCAAAAAAUGUGGGGGUUUGCCUAUAGCUAUAGUUUCGCUGGCAAGUGCCUUGAAAGGCAAAACAAAUUGUCAUGAGUGGCAAGUCGCAUACCGAGACUCAAGGUCGUGA